GCCCGAGUCGGGUGUCCCGGGUAGCUUGAGGACACGGGGCUGGGCAGGUGCCGAGAGCCUGCGCCUGGCCCCAUCCUGCCGGGCUGAGCCACUCGGAGCCCGAAGCUAGGAGCCUCCGGGAGACUACGUGCGGUCGCCUGCCUCGCUCGCGCCUACGCCUUCUGCUCCUAUUGCUUUCCCAACCGAGCGGAGAAGCCGGGGGCGUGUUGCCUGGGCCCCGCAAAGCGGGCUGGCUCGCGGCUGCUGCCUGAAGUCCGCGGGGUGCACCUUCCCGCCCAUGUUCCGUGCUGUCACGAACCCUGCAGUCCCCAGCCGGCCGGAGGGCACCCCAUCCUGACGUUCCAGGGUAAAGGGACCAGAGACCGCUGAGUGGCCCCGCCAGGACCCCAGCCUUCAGGGCAGCUUUCAGUGCAACACAGGGCCUGCAAAGGGAAGUUUCUCUUGCUUACAGGUCUGCAACUAUCCAUAAACAGUUACAUCCGAAUAUGAAUGUGCGCUGAGCCCUGGGAGUCACUUGAGUCAGUCCUAGGACGACUUGGGAGUCGGGUUGUUGGGGGUUUGUGUCUCAUUAAGUGUGUGUGUGGAAACUACCCCGGCACCUAAUGCAGUGCUAAGCAACCAGUAAGCCCUCCCUAAACUUCUUGGUUGGAUGAAUGAGAAGGUAGGUGACUGAGGGAGCAGGGCUAGCGAGGGCAUCUCUGGUUAUCCCACCCCUGCCUCCCCUGGGCUCCUGCAGACAAAAGUAAUUAGGUUGAACCUUUAAUCACAGCUGGUUUCACAGGCGGGCAGACAAGGAAAAGCAGAGGAAUGCAGAAGUUCUGGGGACACAGCAUGCUGGCUGGUGCUGGCUCACUGGCAGUGCCUCCCUCCGCGACCCCCUCCAGCCCGCACCUCUUCCCCAGUCAGUAAUCUCCUGUUUUCUUGUCGCCUUCAGGACACUGGGUUCCCUACAAGCCGCCCCAGGCUUAAUGAUUGUCCAGAAGGUGGCUAUAAAGGGAGCCUGGGAGGCUGGGUGGAGGAGGGAGCAGAAAAAGCCUAACUCAGCAGAUCUGGGCACCGAGAGAGCCACCGGCAGGAGCUGUGGUCAGAGGCUCCAGGACCUGGGCAGUGGGGCCUGCUCCCUUCCACCAUGGCGGCCCAAGGCUACGGCUAUUACCGCACUGUGAUCUUCUCAGCCAUGUUCGGAGGCUACAGCCUGUACUACUUCAACCGCAAGACCUUCUCCUUUGUCAUGCCAUCAUUGGUGGAGGAGAUCCCUCUGGACAAGGAUGACUUGGGGCUCAUCACCAGCAGCCAGGCGGCAGCCUAUGCCAUCAGCAAGUUUGUGAGCGGGGUCCUAUCUGACCAGAUGAGUGCUCGCUGGCUCUUCUCUUCGGGGCUGCUCCUGGUGGGCUUGGUCAAUAUAGCGUUUUCCUGGAGCUCCAUGGUACCUGUCUUUGCUGCUCUGUGGUUCCUCAACGGCCUGGCACAGGGGCUGGGCUGGCCUCCGUGUGGGAAGAUCCUGCGGAAGUGGUUUGAACCAUCUCAGUUUGGCACUUGGUGGGCCAUCCUGUCCGCCAGCAUGAACCUGGCUGGAGGGCUGGGCCCUAUCUUGGCCACCGUCCUCGCCCAGAGCUAUAGCUGGCGCAGCACGCUGGCCCUGUCCGGGGCCCUCUGUGUGGUGGUCUCCUUCCUCUGCCUCCUGCUCAUCCACAAUGAACCUGCCGACGUCGGACUCCGAAACUUGGACCCCACCCCCUCCAAGGGCAAGAAGGGCUCCUCGAAGGAGGAGAGCACCUUACAGGACCUGCUGCUGUCCCCCUACCUCUGGGUGCUCUCCACUGGCUACCUUGUGGUAUUUGGAGUAAAGACCUGCUGCACUGACUGGGGCCAAUUCUUCCUUAUCCAGGAGAAAGGACAGUCAGUCCUCGUGGGUAGCUCCUACAUGAGUGCCCUGGAGGUUGGGGGCCUUGUAGGCAGUAUCGCAGCUGGCUACCUGUCCGACCGGGCCAUGGCAAAGGCGGGGCUGUCCAUCUACGGGAACCCUCGCCACGGCCUGUUGCUGUUCAUGAUGGCUGGCAUGACCGUGUCCAUGUACCUCUUCCGGGUAACUGUGACCAGUGACUCCCCCAAGCUCUGGAUCCUGGUGCUGGGAGCUGUGUUUGGUUUCUGUUCUUACGGUCCCAUUGCCCUGUUCGGAGUUAUAGCCAACGAGAGCGCCCCUCCCAACUUGUGCGGCACCUCCCAUGCCAUUGUGGGACUCAUGGCCAAUGUGGGCGGCUUUCUGGCUGGGCUGCCCUUCAGCACCAUUGCCAAGCACUACAGCUGGAGCACAGCCUUCUGGGUGGCUGAAGUGAUCUGUGCAGCCAGCACAGCUGCCUUCUUUCUCCUACGAAACAUCCGCACCAAGAUGGGCCAUGUGCCCAAGAAGGCUGAGUGAACAGCAUACAGGCUCCAGUGCGUCCUCUCCCACCUGUGGUCUUCCCCUGCACGAGGCUGGGGGGCAGAGAGAGAAAGGGGGGCUGCUCCAACUAGCACUGAACCUUUGAUUUCCUCUUGUGCGCUUUUCCCUCGCCCAGGUGGCACGGAAGUUAUCAGUGGCUAAUGAGGUCCCAGCUCCCCAUCCUCUGUUCUAUUUAAAAGGCAACUUUUUUUCUCGGACUCCAUUAGCUCCUAUUUUCUGCCUUCCAACAGGAAACCCCUGCUGUCAGGGAGUCCCCUAGACCCUUCUUCCCCUCCUGGGCCCCCCCACGCUGUCCCCAGAAGUGAGGCUCCUCCUGCAGCUGCAGGGUACCAGUGGCCUGUAAUUUCUGCCCUAAGGCCUCUCAGCACUGGGCGACUGCUAUUGCCAGUACCUCCGAUUCCUGGGGAGGAGGAGGCCCAUCACGCUCACGGGUACCCUGCGAAGAUGGCAGGCGGGGCUGGGAGGGUGGGGAACUUGACACAGAUUAAAACUAGAUUUGAUACUAAA